AUGGACGAUGCUGCCGUCCUCAAGCGACGAGGCUACAUCUUGGGGAUAAACUUGGGAGAGGGCUCCUACGCCAAAGUCAAGUCCGCGUACUCUGAGCGCCUGAAGUUCAACGUGGCGGUCAAGAUCAUCGACCGCAAGAAGGCCCCCACAGACUUCUUGGAGAAGUUCCUUCCCCGGGAGAUCGAGAUUCUGAUCAUGCUGAACCACCGCUCCAUCGUCAAGACCUACGAGAUCUUCGAGACAUCCGAGGGCAAGAUCUACAUCAUCAUGGAGCUGGGGGUCCAGGGCGACCUCCUCGACUUCAUCAAAACCCGGGGAGCCCUGCAGGAGGAGGACGCGCGCAAGAAGUUCCACCAGCUCUCCUCCGCCAUCAAGUACUGCCACGACCUGGACAUCGUCCACCGCGACCUCAAGUGCGAGAACCUGCUCCUCGACAAGGACUUCAACAUCAAGCUGUCCGACUUCGGCUUCGCCAAGCGCUGCCUGCGGGACGAGGGCGGCCGGCUGGCCCUGAGCAAGACCUUCUGCGGGUCGGCGGCGUACGCGGCCCCCGAGGUGCUGCAGGGCAUCCCCUACCAGCCCAAGGUCUACGACAUCUGGAGCCUGGGCGUGAUCCUCUACAUCAUGGUGUGCGGCUCCAUGCCCUACGACGACUCCAACGUCAAGAAGAUGCUGCGCAUCCAGAAGGAGCACCGCAUCAACUUCCCACGCUCCAAGCACCUGACGAGCGAGUGCAAGGACCUCAUCUACCGCAUGCUGCAGCCCGACGUCGGCCGGCGGCUGCAGAUCGAAGAGGUCCUCAGCCACCCCUGGGUGCAGCCCAGGGCCGGGGACCUCGGCAAGGAGGGGCGCGGCCUCCUGGUCCCCGAGCCCCGGCGGACCCCCGCGCCCUCACGGACCCCGGAGCUCCGGGCGGAGCUCCCUCGGACUCCCGAGUCCUCACGCAUCCCGGAGCCCUCAUGGAUCCAGGAACUCCCACAGACCCCGGAGCCCGCUCGCACCCCCGAGCCCCCUCGGACCCCCGAGCCCCCUCGGACCCCCGAGCCCUCACGGACCUUGGAGCACAGCUCUGACAAGUCCACCCCCCCCCAGGAGUCCCAGGAGGAGGCCGAGCCUGAGGAGAUGCCAGAGUCCAAGCCCCAGGAGGAGACGGGGCCAGGGCAGGGUGCCGGGCAGCUGGAGCCCGUGGAAAGGCGCUCUCUAAAGCCCCCGCAGACCCCGUGA